AUGACUCAAUAUGUCGGCGUCGUCACCAUCAUCCUCGUCCGCAAGUCACUGAGGCCUCACAUCUCGAGAAUCGAAACAGCAGAGAGAGGUAUCGGCCUCCUCGGAUUCGGCGGUAACAAGGCCGGUGUCGCAGUAAGGAUGAAAGUGUACGAUACCGUAUUCUGCUUUGUCAACUCUCAUCUAGCAGCAUUCUCAACAGCCCUCGACCGCCGCAGACUCGACUUUUCCACCCUCCGCUCUACCCUCACCUUUCCCCGGCCGCCCAUCACAAACGUCGACGCGGCCAAACCCGCACCGACUAUCACACGUACCAACUCGAGCGUCACCACCCGUUCUGCUAGUAUCAAAGAUGGAACGUUAGCCAAAGAUGGAACUGGUGAAGAUGGGCAAGACGAUGAAGGGGAGGGGGAGAAGGUGGAAGCGGAUGUAGUUAACCCGGUGUUUGAGGAAUUCUGGCCUGACGAUGGGAAGGCGCUGGGGGUCGAUGACAGUCAUGUUCUGAUCUGGCUCGGUGAUCUCAACUACCGCAUCGACCUACCCGACUCUGAAGUCUGCGAAAAGGUCAAAGCUCAAGAAUGGCAGAGUCUGUUGGAGAAGGAUCAGUUGAGGAUGGAUAUCACGGCGAAGAAGAGUUUUGCAGGGUUUGAAGAGGGUACUAUCGACUUUCCACCAACGUUCAAAUAUGUCCACGGCUCGAGUACAUUCGAUUUCAAACGCGCGCCGGCAUAUACCGACCGUAUCCUCUACUCUCUCCCCCCCUCGCCCUUAUCCUCACCCUCCAGCUCCAACGCCACUCCUCCAACCAACCAACACGCACUCAACAUCACAUCAUACACCUCCCACCCCAUCCUCUGGUCCGACCAUCGCCCCGUCUCUUGUUCUUUUGCCAUCUCCGCCUCACAAGUCGACCACGAGGCGCGUAAAGCCGUCUGGCGCCGUGCGCUGGGGGAGCUGGAUAGGUUGGAUGAUGACGGCGCCGGCGCCGGCGGCGGUGGUGCUGGCGAUCUCGACUUUGGCGCCCUCACGUGGCGUACCCCCAAAACCGGUCUUAUCCGCCUAACAAACCCCGGCAAAGUCCCUUCCUCCUUCUCAUUCAAACACCCCUCCGCCUCCCAUAAUGCCCCUUGCAAGUCGUUCAUCCACCCUUUCCCCGCGAGCUGGACCGUCCACCCGGGGGAGGGGGUGGUGUUGAGGGUGAGGGUGCAGGUGGAUGAGUGGUGCGCGGGGAGGAUGACUUUGGGGAUGGAGGAGGUGGCGGAUGUGCUUGUGUUGCAGGUCGACGGGGGGUGUGAUACUUUCAUCACACUCCAAGGCACAUUCACCCCCUCCACCCUGUCCUUACCACUCCAAACCCUGUCCUCCCUCCGCUCGCCCAUCCGAUCCCUCCCCCUCCCCGAGCGCAAAACCCUCGCCAGACCCAUCCUCCUCUCCCGCACAAACUCGGGCGUAUUCGACCAAGACCAAACCCCCCCACAGCCAAAUACAGCCUUCCGGCCCGUCAACCAAAUCUGGCGUCUCCUCGAAGUCCUCAUGACCUCUCCUCCUCCAUUCACCGCCUGGCAGCUUCCUCCCUUUUCCUUCUUACCGACUAUACACAAGAUCAUCGACGCUUUGGACGACGACUCGGCGCUCCCGGAAGGGUUGACGAACGAACAAGUCAUUGGCGGGUUGAUCCACUACCUAGUCUGCGUCCCGGGUGGUUUGUUGGAUAGUAAAGUGAGGACGGUGGUAGAGAAGGAAGAAGUGGGGGAUAGGGACGGGGCGUUUGGGAUACUCGAAUCGGUGGGGCAGGUCGAGACGAAUGUUUUGAUUGGGCUUAUGAGUGUUGUCAAACUCUGUCUUGCUCGUCCUCCGCCGAGCCCUACGGCUACGGCUGAAGAGAUUACCGAGGUUGAGGCCGCUUCCAAGGCCACGAACGACACUGCUGCCGCCCCCGACCGAGACCUUCCUGCAGAUAAGGACGAGACGGCUCCUGCUGCUGCCGACUCGACCGCUACCAGUGAGCAACCCGAGUCCCAAGACAAGGAGGUGCUUGAGAAAGAAGAAGGAGGAGGCGUUUUCGAGCUGGGAGAUGAUGAAGAUGACGAAGACGACUCUCCCAAAUCCCUCCAACCCGCCGCCGACAUCGCCUCCCCCACCCCAACCGCCGACCCCAAGAGCCCGAUCAACUUUUCAUUCACAGCCCUCAAACCCCGCCUUCGCUCAAAGUCGUCUGCGGCGAGACUUGCAAAGUCGAUAUCGCUGGCGGAAGAAUCGUUCAAGGAUGUUUCGUUGAGCGAUAAGGAUCGGGAGGAACUUGUUGGUGAGGAGCGCUCUACAAGUACGCCGCCGGCUGUUGCUGUUGAAGAAGGUCAGGAUGCGAGGAAUACGAGAUGGAGUGGGAGGAUUGGUUUGUUACGAGGGAAAGAGCAAAAGGUCGCCGAGAAGGAGCCUGUCGAUGUUGUUGUGGAUGUGCUUCUGCCGGCUGUAUUUGGUCGCGCUCAAACGGGGGAUCUCGGCAAGGAGAGAAGAAGAAGGUUUUUGAGGCUGUUGCUCGAGGGUUGA